UGGAGACGGCGGGUGGCUCGGAGCUCCUGGCUGCUCCUCGAUCGGUCCCCUUGGGCCCAGCUGCCACCAUUCCUCUUUCCACUACUCCCGUAAGGGAUUGUCAACCGGUGUCGCCCCGGCCAGGGGGACCGGCUACCCGGUGUGGCGGGUCCCUCCCCCACCCCGUUUGUUUACGUCCCGGGGCCAACCCGCAAGCCCCGUGCUCUUUUGUGUGUCUGCUGCGUGAAAGUGACUGCGGAGCUGGAUCUGUCCCCCUUUUUUGCGCCCGGGGACUUCCCCGGGAAGGGGUUGUGGGGGAAGCUUUGGAGAGGAAAAACUUGGCUUGCGGGGGGACGCCGGUGGGUCGCGCAGAGUGCGGGAUCGGCCCGGGAGAAGGGAGAAGGUGCAGGAGGAAGGCUGCAACUUUCCACCGAGCGCAGGCCGCUGCGUGACCCGGUCUCGGGGCGCUUUUCCUCCGGGGUCACCGAUCGGUGCAGCCAGACUUAGCCGCGUGUCUUAGGGACUUCCAGGACUCCCCCCUCGGUGACCGAUCGCUUGCAUCACUCCAGCCCCUCACUCUCUUUCGCGAGGGGUGUGUUCUGUCCUCUCUGCAAAGGGGCCCCAGGAGCUAUGGAGCGCGCGUCAGGUCCGCUCCGAGCUGCCUUCUCCAGCCCGGUUUUCGAAAGCAAAGCCCCGGGGGCCCCGCUGGACUGUAAGGAGACUGAUUGUGGUUCCCCAUCGCCUCGAGGGGAUGGUAUCGGGGCUUCCCAAUCCGCGGCGGAGCUGCCUGCGUGCCCAGAGGAUGCUAUUCUGCCUGCCACCCCUCAUCGGAACCAGCUGCUCGCCCUCGGGGUCCUCCCUGCUAGUGCUAGCUCCGCGUUCGCGGCUCCUGGACAGCCCCAGGAUUCUGCCAGGUGGAUGUUGUGCGUAGCCGGAGCCAAGUUGAAGAGAGAACUUGAUGCCACCGCAACAGUAUUGGCAAACAGGCAAGAUGAGAGCGAACAGUCCAGAAAGCGGCUCAUUGAGCAGAGCCGAGAAUUUAAGAAGAACACUCCAGAGGAUUUACGCAAGCAGGUAGCACCACUGCUCAAGAGCUUCCAAGGGGAGAUUGAUGCACUGAGUAAAAGAAGCAAGGAAGCAGAGGCAGCCUUCUUGACUGUGUAUAAGAGACUAAUUGAUGUUCCAGAUCCGGUACCAGCCCUGGACGUCGGGCAACAGCUGGAAAUAAAAGUGCAGCGUCUACACGACAUUGAAACAGAGAACCAGAAACUUAGGGAAACACUAGAAGAGUACAACAAGGAGUUUGCUGAAGUGAAAAAUCAAGAGGUUACGAUAAAAGCACUUAAGGAGAAAAUCCGAGAAUACGAGCAGACCCUGAAGAGUCAGGCCGAGACCAUCGCUCUGGAGAAGGAGCAGAAGCUACAAAAUGAUUUUGCAGAGAAGGAGAGAAAGCUGCAAGAGACACAGAUGUCCACCACCUCAAAACUGGAGGAAGCUGAGCACAAACUCCAGACUCUGCAAACAGCCCUGGAAAAAACUCGAACAGAAUUAUUUGACCUGAAAACCAAAUAUGAUGAAGAAACUACUGCAAAGGCCGAUGAGAUCGAGAUGAUCAUGACUGACCUUGAACGAGCCAACCAGAGGGCAGAGGUGGCACAGAGAGAGGCAGAGACUCUAAGGGAACAGCUCUCAUCGGCCAACCACUCUCUCCAACUGGCCUCGCAGAUCCAGAAGGCUCCAGAUGUGGAGCAGGCCAUAGAGGUGCUGACCCGAUCCAGCCUAGAAGUAGAGUUGGCUGCCAAAGAGCGGGAGAUCGCCCAGCUGGUGGAAGAUGUGCAGCGACUCCAGGCCAGCCUCACCAAGCUGCGUGAGAAUUCUGCCAGCCAGAUCUCACAGCUGGAGCAGCAGCUGAACGCCAAGAAUAGCACACUCAAACAACUGGAAGAAAAACUCAAAGGCCAGGCUGACUAUGAAGAAGUGAAGAAAGAGCUGAACACCCUGAAGUCCAUGGAGUUUGCACCGUCAGAGGGAGCAGGAACACAGGACUCUACCAAGCCCCUCGAGGUUUUACUCCUGGAGAAGAACCGCUCGCUUCAGUCCGAGAAUGCGACGCUGCGCAUCUCCAACAGUGACCUGAGCGGGUCAGCCAGGAGAAAAGGGAGAGACCAGCCUGAGAGUCGGCGCCCGGGACCCUUGCCGGCCUCCCCUCCUCCUCAGUUGCCCCGCAACACGGGGGAACAGGUUUCCAAUACUAACGGUACACACCACUUCUCACCAGCGGGGUUAAGUCAAGACUUUUUCAGCUCAAACCUGGCCAGCCCCAGCCUACCCCUGGCUUCUACAGGAAAGUUUGCACUAAACUCUCUUCUCCAGCGACAGCUAAUGCAGUCCUUCUACUCCAAGGCCAUGCAGGAAGCCGGAAGCACAAGCACGAUUUUUUCAACAGGUCCUUACAGCACAAACUCCAUAUCUUCCCCAAGCCCAGUACAACAAAGCCCAGACGUAAAUGGCAUGGCCCCAUCUCCCAGCCAAUCAGAAAGUGCUGGGAGCGUCUCAGAGGGUGAGGAAAUUGAUACAGCAGAAAUCGCCCGGCAGGUCAAAGAACAACUAAUCAAGCACAACAUUGGCCAGCGCAUUUUUGGACAUUACGUCUUGGGACUGUCUCAAGGGUCUGUGAGUGAGAUUCUGGCCCGGCCAAAGCCCUGGAAUAAGCUGACUGUCCGUGGCAAGGAGCCAUUCCACAAGAUGAAGCAGUUCCUGUCUGAUGAACAGAACAUCCUGGCACUCCGUAGCAUCCAAGGCAGACAGAGAGAGAAUCCAGGCCAGAGCCUGAACAGACUCUUUCAGGAAGUACCGAAACGAAGAAAUGGGUCUGAAGGUAACAUCACUACCCGGAUCCGAGCAUCUGAGACUGGUUCUGAUGAAGCCAUCAAGUCCAUCCUGGAACAAGCCAAGAGGGAACUACAAGUGCAGAAAACCGCUGAGCCAGUCCAGACAUCUUCCACGUCCAGCAGUGGAAACUCUGACGAUGCCAUCCGCUCCAUCCUACAGCAGGCCCGCCGGGAAAUGGAGGCCCAGCAGGCUGCCCUUGACCCUGCCUUAAAGCCAGCACCACUGUCCCAGCCCGACCUCACCAUCCUCACCCCCAAGCACCUGUCUGCCUCUCCCAUGUCUACUGUGUCCACUUACCCACCUCUUGCCAUCUCCCUGAAGAAAACCCCUACAGCACCUGAGGCCAGUACCGCAGCCUUGCCCAGUGCCCCAGCUCUCAAAAAAGAGGCUCAGGAUGUACCCACACUGGACCCACCAGGAUCAGCUGAUGCUGCCCAGGGAGUGCUGAGGCCGGUGAAGAGUGAGCUAGUCCGUGGCAGCACCUGGAAGGAUCCCUGGUGGAGCCCUAUACAGCCUGAAAGAAGAAAUCUCACUUCUUCCGAAGAGCCCAAGGCCGAUGAGACAACUGCAAGCGGGAAAGAAAGGCCAAGCAGCAGCCAGCCUCGGGCUGAGCGCAGCCAGCUUCAGGGACCCUCAGCAUCCGCAGAGUACUGGAAAGAGUGGCCCAGCGCUGAGUCCCCAUACUCCCAGAGCUCAGAGCUGAGCCUCACUGGAGCCAGCCGCAGUGAGACACCCCAGAAUAGCCCUCUGCCCUCUUCCCCAAUUGUGCCCAUGGCGAAGCCAGCCAAGCCUUCAGUGCCCCCGCUGACUCCUGAGCAGUACGAGGUCUACAUGUAUCAGGAAGUGGACACUAUCGAGCUCACUCGGCAGGUCAAAGAGAAGUUGGCCAAGAACGGCAUUUGCCAGAGGAUCUUUGGGGAGAAGGUACUGGGCCUGUCCCAGGGCAGUGUCAGCGACAUGCUCUCAAGGCCAAAACCAUGGAGCAAACUGACCCAGAAAGGCCGAGAACCCUUCAUCCGGAUGCAGCUCUGGCUGAAUGGAGAGCUGGGCCAAGGUGUUCUGCCGGUGCAAGGGCAACAGCAAGGGCCAGUCCUCCACUCAGUGGCGUCUCUGCAGGACCCCCUCCAGCAGGGCUGUGUGAGCUCAGAAAGCACUCCAAAGACCUCUGCCAGCUGCAGCCCUGCCCCUGAGUCCCCAAUGAGUUCCAGCGAAUCCGUGAAGAGUCUCACCGAGCUGGUCCAGCAGCCCUGUCCCACCAUUGAGACCAGUAAAGAAGGCAAACCACCAGAACCCAGUGACCCACCCGCCUCAGACUCCCAACCCGCAACACCGCUGCCUCUCUCUGGACACUCAGCCCUCAGCAUCCAAGAACUAGUAGCCAUGUCUCCUGAGCUGGACACGUACGGCAUAACCAAGAGGGUCAAAGAGGUGCUGACAGACAACAACCUCGGUCAGCGCUUAUUUGGGGAGACCAUUUUGGGGCUCACCCAGGGUUCUGUCUCCGACCUCCUUGCCCGCCCAAAGCCCUGGCAUAAACUUAGUCUGAAAGGACGGGAACCCUUUGUCCGCAUGCAGCUAUGGCUGAACGACCCCAACAAUGUGGAGAAGCUGAUGGAUAUGAAGCGGAUGGAGAAGAAAGCCUACAUGAAGAGGCGACACAGUUCUGUCAGUGACAGUCAGCCUUGUGAGCCCCCCUCUGUGGGUAUCGACUACAGCCAGGGCGCCAGCCCCCAGCCACAACACCAGCUGAAGAAACCUCGUGUGGUGCUGGCUCCAGAGGAGAAGGAAGCGCUGAAGCGAGCAUAUCAGCAGAAGCCAUACCCGUCCCCCAAAACCAUCGAGGAACUCGCCACACAACUCAACCUGAAGACCAGCACCGUCAUCAACUGGUUCCAUAAUUACAGGUCUCGGAUCCGCAGAGAACUGUUCAUUGAGGAGAUUCAAGCUGGAAGCCAGGGCCAGGCCGGUGCCAGCGACUCACCUUCAGCUCGAAGUAGCAGCCGCGCUGCACCCAGCUCGGAAGGCGACAGCUGUGACGGCGUGGAAGCCACGGACGCCGAGGAGCCGGGUGGCAACAUAGUGGCCACCAAGUCUCAGGGAGGGCCGGCAGAGGUGGCCGCAGCCCCGGCAGACCGGGAAGAAGCGACGCAGCCGGCCGAGAAGGCGAAGGCACAGCCACUAUGCUCGGGGACCCCAGGACAGGACGACGGUGACGACGCGGGCCGGCCUAGGCCACCUCCCGAGGGCCUCGCCGACGCCCCAGCGCCCGUGCCAAACCUCGCCGCACCCGCGGCCGGAGAGGACGCCGCUACCUCAGCCACUGUCCCGGCCACCGAGGCCCCCGGGGCGGCCAGGGCGGGCCCUGCCGAGAGGAGUUCUGCGUUGCCAAGCACCAGCGCGCCCGCGCGAAGGCCCAGCUCACUGCAGAGCCUCUUCGGUCUGCCCGAGGCCGCGGGCGCCCGGGACAACCCUGUGCGGAAGAAGAAGGCUGCGAACUUGAACAGCAUCAUCCACCGCCUGGAGAAGGCAGCCAGCCGGGAGGAGCCCAUCGAAUGGGAGUUCUGAAGGCGCCGGGCCUCCGGGCCUGACCAGCAGGGCCUCGCCGGGCCUCGCCGGGCCCGCCGGCGCCUAGCAGGUCCCCGGGCCCAGUCGGCCCGGCAGUGUGGGCUGGGGCCGGCCGUGCGUGCAGGGCUGUGCCGAGCCAGCCGAGGCCUGGACGUGUUGCGCACUUAACGCCCUGCGGGCCACAGGGCAAAAUCGCCAUAGGCCAAGGUGCAUAUAGAAAACAAAGGAGCAUUAAGCCCAAUCUAUGUCGUGUUUUCAAGGAAGAAAACGGAAAUGUGUAGUCAA